UCUUGAAUUUUUCAUUUGUAUCUAACAGCCUUGACAAUGUGGUUUACAAAAACACAUCUCCCUUUGGAAAACAAGCUUGCCCUUAUAACUGGAGCCUCUCAAGGCCUUGGUUCCGAAUUGGCAGCUCAAUUGUAUGAAAAAAAUUGCUCGGUGGUGUUGGUUUCCAGAAGAGCCAAUAAACUUAGUGAGCAGGUUGAAGCCAUAGUGAAGAAACACGGUAAAAAGGACACUGUGACAAUCACAUAUCUAGCUGUUGAUGUAUGUGAUUACGACCAGUGUGUCAACAUGUGGAAGACGCUUGCGUCUGAUAAAAGGGACCCAGACUACUUCUUUUCGUGUGUGGGAGGAGCUAUUUGUAAACUCUUCCCGGACUUGACUCAAGCAGAAUUAUCCAAAGGUGUACAAACUGACUACUUAUCCACCUUAUACCCUGUUCAUGCAGGGGUCAAACAGGUGAUCAAAUCCAACGAGACUCUAGAACGCUCUGCCUACAAGAAGAGACACAUCAUCAUCUUUUCGUCUGCUGCUGCCGUAUACCCAUUAAUUGGGUACUCUCAAUACGCACCUUUGAAAAGUGCGUUGAUGAGCUUAUCGCUCACAUUACGUCAAGAACUUAGUCCUUUCAAUUAUCGCGUGUCGUGUGUUCUUCCUGGAAACUUCCAGAGCGAAGGGUUCGAAGAAGAAGAGAAGACAAAGCCCGUCAUCACCAAAAAGAUAGAAGGUGCCAGCACUCCUAUUGCGGUUGAUAAAUGCGCUCAGGGCAUUUUGACUUCUCUUGAUAGAGGAUAUGAUAUUGUAUACACCGACUUGAUCGGAUGGGUUCUUGGGUCUGCCUCUUUGGGUGCCCACCCUCGUGUAUUGGCAUUCUUCCAGAUCAUUAUUAGUUUGGUUUUCCUGAUGGUGGCUCCAAUAGUGUCGUUGUUUAUCGAUAGCGAUAUAAGCAGUUUCUUUAGGGAACAGGACAAAAAGAGAAAGUAAGAAUCAAAUUGUGUAUUUAUGUAUGUUAGUUAUGGGAUUUGUGUCUAUUUUUUUUCACGGGAUUCGUCCAAGAGCUUGUUACUGACUGCAUCAGUCAAUUUACCUGACAACUUAUUUGCCCAGUAGUCGAGAUUUUCCAAGCCUUUGUAAUAAUUUAUACUGUACAACCAAUUGGCGGCGUUGAUGAUUUCCUGGUUCCAGAUAUCCUUGGCACUUUCCACCUUUCCAGCAUUACCGGUGGUGGUGCCUCUGGGGGCAGCAGGUGCUAUUGGACUCGUCAAUUGUUUGCCUUGGAUGAUUCCUUCAUUGAUGAUGGUUUCGGAUAUUCUCAACUGUCGAGAUACAAACUGCAGGUCCUUCUUUAUGUACUCGCCGGUAUAGUACACGAACGCGGACGUGAAAAGGGCGCCUGCCAAAAACCCGUUGAUUCUACCUCCCAUGGUUAUUUCAGA